CUCAUGGCUGGUCAAGUCGCGGAAUCGCGCAUGAUCAACAUCUGCUCUCACACAGCGUAUCCAUCUUUGUGCCGACCUCUAGUGAAACGAAUCACGAACCCUAGACGAGCCACGCACCGAACCAUACAGGCGUUAGAGGCCAAGACAAAAGUGGCUCUAGCCGAAGCAGCUAGGUUCAAAGACGGUAACCAAGCGAUCAGCACGUGUUACGGGACGUUGAGCGACGCGAUAUACAAUUUGGCGAGUGCGAGGAAGAGCAUAAGGAAACGCGACGUCGUGGGGACCAACACGUUCCUAACAGCGGCAGUGUCAGAUUACGGCGCAUGCGUGGACGGGUUUAUUGAGACGGGUCAGGUUAAUGCGGUCCAGAACGUAGCGGUUGACUUGAGGAAGAUUAGCAGCAAUUGCUUGAC